UUUGCAUUACAUGAGCUUGAAACUUCUCUGGACGUCAUUAUUUUUUAUUAAGAAAGGGGGUUUAUUAAGAAAGUGGGGUAUGUACAUAGAAAUAUGCCUGCAACAUAAUAUAAUGAAAAGUACACAAAUAGUCUCUAUGCAUUUAAACUGUCUUAAAGAUAAAUAUAAUGGAGAAGAUGCUCUUAAAAAUAAUAAUUGAAGUAAUUCUAUAUCAUAGGUCUGUCACAAGUUUUUUUUCUAUAAAUGUAAUGCUUAAACUCCUUUUUUGCAGGCUCUUACAGAGUUCUUCAUUGGUUUCCAAACCCUGAUAAGGACAUUGCUCGUUUCCGAACAUGGGUUCAUGCUAUUGGAGGAGAAAUUUUGAGUCUGAGCAAUGAAAAUAUUUAUAAACUUCGUCGAGUUUGUCAUGCUCAUUUCGAAGAGAAAUAUUGUUGCCGUUACAACAAAAUUUCUAACAUAGCUGUUCCAACAUUACAUAUGCCAGGACCUUUAUCAAAAUUUAUCUGCACUGAUAGAAAACCAUUGAGGGAAGUUGAAAAUUUACCUUCUACUUCAAAAGGACCACUAUCACUUCAAGAUUCCCAAAAACCAUUAAAAGAAAAUGAAGCACCAGCACCAGCUACUGUUGAACCUGAUACAGUUGUUGAGAAUCUUGAAAUACAAGAAUACAAAUUGGAGGAUAAAUAUGGUCCAAACACUGCUAAAAAAGUAGUGACUCAUAAGAAAAUGACCAAAAAUGAGCGAUCCUUAUACCAAAAAUUGGUAAACAUUAGGAUUAAGUUAUCGAAGUGUCGGAACAGAGCACAGAAACAAUCCCUGCAAUUAAAAGCAGCCAAAAAUUUUAUGAAGAAUAGCAACUUUAUAGCUACUAUUAACAAUAUGCCAAGUGCUGCUAAACUUUUAACCAUGUUGCAGUUUAGAGAGUCUAAAAAGAAAGAAAAAGGCAGAAGAUUUUCUACUGAAGAAAAAAUAUUGGCUUUGGCAAUGCUGAAGCAAAGCCCCAAAGGCUAUCGAUUUCUGCGAAGAAUGUUGGUUUUGCCUUCACAGCAAAUACUAAAUACAUUUUUGAACCAAGCCAAUAUAAAGCCUGGUAUCAAUAUGGCACAUGAACACUUGAACAGGUUGGCGAGUAGUAAUGUAGAUUUUGUAAUGGUACGGAUCUCCCUCGUAUCAACCUCAAGUGAACUUACCAAUUUUGAACACAACUCUUUGUUUUCCUUCGCUAGUGUGUAAACGGCCAGUAUAUGUAAUAAAAAACAUAAUUAAGGUACCUUUCAAGCAAACGCAUUACCAUCUGUUCGCAUCCCAUGAGUUGCUUCAAUUUCCGUAUCAUCGACAAAGUCCACUUGGAGUUAAUUCAGUUGAUAUGAGGGGGAUUUGUACUAGA